UGAUACGUCCUACCACAACACAUAACAGUACCAGUGGAAUUAUCCGCUCACAAUGUCGCGGCCCAAGCCGAGCCAAGUGCGAUCGGUUUCUCCCCUCGCUGGCGGACUGGUGGUGAUGCAGGCCGACAAGCGCUCCUCGUCGUCGCUACCGCGCAACGCUCGCCUGCAGCCCGGUCCGCUCGCCAAGCAGAAAACCGCUCCGUCGUUGUGCGCCAACACGCUACAGGUGCCGACAGGUGGCAUUGCUGGUAACAUGGCAAGCGACGCGAACAUGUCGAGCGACGCGAAGCGACUGACGACUCGCAUUCUACCGACAGACGACUCUGCCAUGGUCCAGCGGAAAAAGAAGGCGCAGAAGCGAAUCGAUCGGAAGCGGAAACAGCGGAAGCGGCUACUGGAGAAGAGGCACCGGUCGGAGCGUCCGGAGCCGGUCGAUCCGCCUCCUGUCCAGUUCGACAACUUUACGGAAGAGGAGAUAGCCAUCAUCAGCAACGUGCUGGAGCGGGAGGUGACGUUCGCUAGGGAGAUGUUCGCUGUUGAGCAGGGUCUUCACCAGGAGGCCAGCAGAAUACGCCGUAACCAGUCACCAGAUCCGCAGGACUUCAGUGAAGUGUGCAUGGCGUGUGGACGAGUGCGUCACUGUGGGCUAGUGGCACCGCUGUUUGGAAGGAAAUGUUUGUGGGUAUGUGAAGCUGAUCAAUACGAGCGCCUACGGCAGCUGUACAGUGGUGGAUGGUAUCACCAGCACGACUGCGGGUAUGAUCUGCACGUCACUACCAACAUGUUACAAACCUUCACGAAGUUGCGACACGUCGGCUUAUCCAAGGAUCUGGAAUUUAUGGCUCAACACGAAUCGUCCGUUGGAAACAUGAAGAUGUGUUUGCUGUACAAUGAAGAUAUGCAGUGUUUGCUGAUGAGUGUUCUGGCGGCUGGAGAUCUGGAUAUCAAACAGAGCAGCUAUCAUCCGCAUAGUCAACUGCACGCCGAGGUCUACCUCAUGCCACAUUGGCGGUGUGACCGGUACACUCGUCACGACCCCAUCAAGGUCGCCCAGUCGGCAGAGUUUGAACAGAUCUUCAUGUGGCUGAACUUGUCCACUGAAGAACUGGAGAAGUCCAAGUUGCAGAUCACUCUUUGGCUCAGACCCUUGUACUCGGCAGAGAAUGGCUUCCCGGCGCCGGGCAGAGGCAAACGCUCACAGCCACUUCUUGUUGGUCUGACCGAGAUUCCACUGACGACAGUGCCACUGAACGACAUCACAUUCAUGCUGUCGUUGUUCCCCGGUGCUGGCAAAGAUGUCUACGUACCAGAUAUAGCCGCCAGUGGGGCUCAGCUACUGGACGGGGAGCUAUCCUCUUCCUCCUCUGAAGAAGAGGACGACAGUGAGGCCAAAGAUGAAUGCGAGCAAAAAGGGACCAGCUGGAUGCCGGGAGCUCUCGGCAAGAGCAAGUUUGGCCUGUUUGGUGGCAGCGGUGGAGGUGGAGGUGACAAGCCGGAACAGGAGACAGAGAAACGACGUCGCCACAAGCGACGCAGCACCAUCAAGGUGGUGCAGACGGAGGUACUGAAAGGCGGCAGAGUUACGGCCAGAGCCAGCUCCCUGAAGUGGACGCUGGAAGUCUAUCAACAGGUGAUACGCCGUGAGAACGAGGAGAAGAUCAAGGAGGAGGAGAAGAAAGCGCAGACGAAGCGCAAACUAGAACUACUGGCGGAGCAAGAGACGGCCCUGGAGGAACGCACCGCUACGCUACUCCAGUUCCGUAAGGCCGAGUCUAAAACGCAGAAGUCCUCGCACCUACUCAAGUUUCUGGCAAGUACUCCGACCCCCAGUGGACGGACCACACCAGUUGCCAAGCAGGACAAGGAGGAUGGUGAUGAGGGUGAAGAGGAACAAGAGAAUGAAUCCACUGCUGCAUCCUAUCAGCCCAAGCUUCUCGAGCUAGCCAACGAGUGGUCGCAGGAAAUCCCUGCAGGCAAGGAGACAGACUUCAAGUCGCCGUUGCACAACGGCAAGGAUUAUCGUCUGCAGACCAACCGUAAUGUGGCUGAUGAACGAGAUCAGCUGUAUGCAUUUGUUGGUCGUCAGUAUGACACUGCACCCAUGCAGCGUCUGCCGAGCAAGUCUGUGCAAGCACUGCGUGUGCAGGUGGAACGUGAUCGCCUGGUCGACCUGCCAGCCCUGGAGGAUAUCGCAACGGAAUUGGAAAACUUUGAACACAUGUGUCAGGAGGAGGAUGAUGAGGAUGAGGACCACAGCAGUGAAGAAGAGACGAACAACAUCGAAGAGGAAAUCGUCACAGCACACACCACCAAUCUCAUGCAGCUUGGCCGCGGACAAGUCAGGAAAAGGAAGCAUUUGGGUUCGCUACCCAACGGGCGUAUGCUGCUCUCAUUCCACUCCACUGACGAGCAGUUGACCGUGAAGGUGGUCAAGAUUGCAGAGAUGUGGAAUUUCUCUUCUGGAGACUUGGCGGUUCGAUCAUGUUUGCUUGUCAACAAGCAGUCGUUCAUGAGUGUGAAGUCAGCGCCAAUGCCUGGUGCCGAAACAGUCGAUCUCAACUGGACGCGUACUUAUCAGAAGCAGGCCAGCAAUCGUAUUCUACAGUUGACGCUACGCCAGAAAGGAACUAAGCACUUCUUACGGCGAGCAGCCAGCGUCACCACAGGGCAAGUUCUCGUGGAUCUCUCUAAGCUGGAACUGCAAGACGGGAAAGAGUUCAUCGAGUGGUACCCGGUCAUCGGACUGCGACGUGGCAAGGUGUUCAACCGCAAGCCACCGCCGUCGUCAUCGUCAUCGCAACCUCAGGGCAGCAAGGAUACCUCACACAUGCUUGCAAACGCCGGUCUUUCCACGUUCUUUGUAGCCAGCGCCAUGCGUAUGGGCGGUGGUGCUCGUGGUGGUGAUGCAGCAUUGAAGUCAGGACAGGGGGGUGCUGGACAGGGCACCGAACUGAGCAGUCUUACUGGACAACGUGAUGAAGUAGACACAGCGGCAAGCAGAGAUCAGCAACGUGACACAGCUCCUCUGCCACAAUCUGCCCUCAUGGCUAUGGAGAAGCAUCGCCGCAACACCCAGAAGAAAGAACACAGCAGUCAGCGAGGUUUUCUCAGCAAGAAGAAGCACACCAAGAAGUCCAAGAAAGGGUCCACUGAAGAGGAACAUCAGACGCAGCAUCAGCCAGAUGAAGACCAGGACGACGAAACAGAGACCUGAAAUGCAAGCCGCACAUCACUCUCUGGCGAUUCUGGCUAGACCGUGGAAAACCUCAGUCUUCACCCGACCACGGGAAAACAGUGUCUGAUGUUGUACACCAUAGCUCUGUCUGUCCAUGUACGCAAAGCUGAGGAGCAUGAUGUGAGAGGAUUUGUUUUGCCAGGGUCCAUUGCUGCAUGUAGUUAGUUGUGGAUGUUACAGGUCAUCAUUACUCCUCAUAACACUGCUAGCCUUGUGCGUUAUUAUGUUAUCAUAUUGGUGGAGAGAGAGAGAGAGAGUGUGUGUGUGUGUGUUUGUGUGUGCUUGUGUGUGUUUGAGCAGGUAUGGAUGUGGGUAUGUGCAUAAGCGAUGAGAGAUCUAAAGCAGGCAGAUUGGCAACCAUUCUAAAAACUAAUUACGUUUAGACUAGGGCCACAGCCACAGGCCAGUAAUGCAUGCACAUGUCUUAUUGUAGCAUUUGCGAGAGAGCCACAGAGAGAUGGUGUGAGAGAGACUGAGGGAGAGAGCGCGUGGGAGAGACUGAGGGAGAGAGAGAGAGAGUGUGUGUGUGUGUGUGUGUGUGUGCACGUGUGUGCACGUGAGUGUGUGUGUUUGUGUGUUCAAACUUCUUCCAAGUACAGUACAUUCCCAUGAGCUGGGUAGCUGGCUGCAUAAUUGCAUCAUUUCACACUUUCUAGUCCGCUAUCUGGCAGAUUAUACACAAUCUUCACCCAUUAGGCCUGUACAUUUUAUUCGCAGCUUUGCAACUUUAUCAAACUUUAGUUUAGGACCUGUUUUAAUUUUCCACAACUGCUGGCCGGAUGAAUUAGCGCAUUUAGCUCAAAGUCGGCCAGCGCUUUGGCCGAGUGGUUGUAGGCUUGCCUGCGAAUCACAAGGUCCCGAGUUCGAGACCGGCGCUGGGAGCAGGGAGCGUGUACUGUGCUAACAAAUGCGGUGAUUUAUGCGUGAACCAC